AUGUCCACUAGGUCCAGCAUGGAUGAUAAAGAAAUAGAUGACAUCCUGAGGCAAUUUGGCCUGGAUAAACUUGCUCGUGGGCGUGUUCCGGAAGCCGAAUCAAGGUUAAAGCUUGGCGGACGCUCAAAGGAAGAUGUCCAAGACGCGGCUGGAAAAAGUGUUCAAAAUGUAGAAGAUGCUGCUGCAAAACCCAAACCACGCAUGUAA